CAGGACACGACCCCCACACUCAAUUUCUUUAUUUCUUUGUUUUGUAGAGAGAGAUAGAGAGUUGUGUCUUAAAUAAUAAGAAAGCAAAGCAAAGUGUUAUGGACAUCCCGAUGGUUGAGUGAAUUGGAUUAAGCCGCCAUAUUUUCUUCUCUUUACUUUCACCACCAACAACUCUUUAAAGCAUAAAUAGUUUAGUCUGGGGUCAUAAUUUGCUUCUUUUUUCAAUACAAACCCAAAAGAAGUUGCAGGGUUGACCUUCAAAACCCACCAAUCCAAAGUCAAUCGUCUUCUCUCAGGUUUUCAUUUGUAUUAAGGAGUUGAGACUUUGUGGGUUCUAAAUCCAUUUGUUUGGUUAAAAUGAUGAUGUUUGAGGAGAUGGGGUUUUGUGGUGACUUGGAUUUCUUCUCUGGUCCCAUGGGGGAUGAUGUCACUGCUCAACAGCCCGAUCCUGAAACCCCCGUGGAGGAUGAUUAUAGUGAUGAGGAGAUUGAUGUUGAUGAGCUGGAACGCCGAAUGUGGAGGGAUAAGAUGCGUCUUAAGAGGCUCAAAGAACAAAACAAAAGUAAGGAGGGCAUCGAUAUGGUCAAGCAGCGGCAGUCUCAGGAACAGGCUCGCAGGAAGAAGAUGUCGCGCGCACAAGAUGGGAUUUUGAAAUACAUGCUCAAGAUGAUGGAAGUUUGUAAAGCUCAAGGAUUUGUUUAUGGGAUUAUCCCUGAGAAGGGAAAGCCCGUUACUGGGGCGUCUGAUAAUCUUCGAGAGUGGUGGAAGGAUAAAGUGAGGUUUGAUCGAAAUGGUCCAGCUGCCAUAGCUAAGUACCAGGCAGAUAAUUCCAUCCCGGGGAAGAAUGAGGGCUGUAAUUCAAUCGGUCCAACCCCACACACUUUGCAGGAGCUUCAAGAUACUACUCUUGGUUCUCUCUUAUCCGCACUUAUGCAGCACUGUGAUCCCCCUCAGAGGCGGUUUCCAUUAGAGAAAGGUGUUCCUCCGCCAUGGUGGCCUAACGGAAAUGAAGACUGGUGGCCUCAAUUGGGCUUACCCAAGGAUCAGGGCCCUCCGCCUUACAAGAAGCCUCAUGACUUGAAGAAGGCAUGGAAAGUCGGAGUUCUAACUGCAGUUAUUAAGCAUAUGUCUCCAGACAUUGCCAAGAUUCGCAAGCUUGUGAGACAGUCCAAGUGCUUACAGGACAAGAUGACAGCCAAGGAGAGUGCCACUUGGCUUGCAAUUAUCAACCAAGAGGAGGCAUUAGCCCGGGAGCUUUAUCCUGAUGCCUGCCCACCUUUGGCAUCAGCAGGAAGUGGAUCUCUGAUCAUCCAUGAUUCAAGUGAGUAUGAUGUCGAAGGUGUUGAUGAUGAGUCCAACUUCGAUGUGCACGAGUGCAAACCUGAAAGUCUCAAUGCUUCUGGCUUGGGAAUGGAGAGAAUGAGGGAUAGGCUGCCAUUUCGGCAACCUUCUUAUCCGAUUAAGGGCGAAUUGAUCUCGAAUGUUGAUUUUAUCAGGAAGAGAAAAUUAAGCAAUGAUAUGAACAUGAUGGUGGAGCAGAAGAUCUACACAUGCGAAUCUGUUCAAUGUCCUUACAGUCAACUGCGCCUAGGUUUCCAUGACCGGACUUCUCGGGACAAUCAUCAGUUAACUUGUGCAUACAGAAGUUCGUCAUUAGAGUUUGGAGGGUCAAAUUUUCAUGUCAGUGAUGUGAAGCCUGUUAUAUUUCCUCAACCAAAGGCGGCUGCUCCAGCCAGCUUUGAUCUCUCAGGAGUUCCAGAAGACGGGCAAAAGAUGAUCAGCGAGCUCAUGUCAAUCUAUGACACCAAUAUCCAAGGCAACAAGAACACAAACACCGGCAAUAAUCAAGUUACUGAAAGUCACAAUCUUUUCCAGCCAAAGGUUCACCAUCAACAGGACAAUUACUUCAGAGGUCAAAGCAACGCAAUGGAUGGAAAUAUCUUCGAAGAUGCCAACGUCCACCACAACCAUCAAAUGUUCUCACAUGAUGGUAAUCAGUUUGACAGGUUUAAAGCUCUGAACUCUCCGUUCGAAAGCAGCAACCAGCACAGCAACAAUAACAACAGCAGCUUCAACAUGAUGUUUGGAUCUCCAUUUGAUUUGUCGUCCUUCGACUACAAGGAAGAUCUACAAGGAUUGGCAAUGGAGGCAUUGCCGAAGCAGCAGGACAUUCCAAUCUGGUUUACGUAAAGAUAGAGCAUUAUGUUCUCCUUAGGCUUUUGCAAACCAGUGAAAGCUAAGAACUGGUAUUAGUUUAUAUAUUUCUGUUUUUUGUUAUUUCUACCAUGUAGGACUAAAAGUGUUAGAUAGGUCUGAAGCAGGGUUAAGAAAUGGGCUAAUAAAGAAAAAAAAAGCACUAAUAGUCCCCAUGAAUUCACCCUGCUGUCCAUUAAUAUACAUAUAAUAUGACUGUGAAAUAAAUAAGUAUUAGCUGCGUCUUUUGUGUUGUUUUUGUUACUUUUCUGCCUAUGUUCAUCGGUUCAAGGCCGUAUGUGGUGGUAAGGAAUGUGUUUUUGGUAAAUUUGUAUUGUAAUGAAUACAUGUUUGAGUGGAAAUGAUGUUUUUCUUUUUGUGAA